AUGGCCUUGGUUCUGCAGCUGCUGGCUCUGCUGCUCCCCAGGGCACAGGGGGACAAAGCAGGUUCCCUGGACGGCCGCCCUGGUGAUCGCGUGAAUCUCUCCUGCGCGGGGGUCUCACACCCAGUCCGCUGGGCUUGGGCACCUAGCUUCCCCGCCUGCAGGGGCCUGUCCAAAGGACGCCGCCCAAUCCUCUGGGCCUCUUCCGGCGGGAUCCCCACGGUGCCUGCACUCCAGCCCUUUGCCGGCCGCCUACGCUCCCUGGAUCCCGGGAUCCGGUGGCUGGAGCUGCUCUUGAGCACAGGGGACUCGGGCACUUUUUUCUGCAAGGGCCACCACAAGGACGAGAGCCGCACGGUGCUUCAUGUGCUGGGGGACAGUGCCAACUGCAGGGCCCAGGGGCCUACGCACGGGUCCGUGUAUCCCCAGCUCCUGUUUCCGUUGCUGGGCGCUGGGCUGCUGCUGGGACUGGCAGCGUUGGGCGUGGUCUGGUGGCGGCGCCGGCGCUCGCCCCCGCAUCCGCCUCGACCACUCCCCAGUUUUGCUCCACUCGUGAAAGUGGAACCCCAGAGUCCAGUAAAGCAGGAGGAGGAGGAGCCCACCAGCCCAGGGGACCUGGACCAGGAGCCGAGCCUGCUCUACGCCGACCUGGACCACUCGGCCCUCAGGAGGCCCCGCUGGCUGUCCACAACGGUCCCUGGGGAUGCCUCCACCGUGUAUGCAGUUGUGGUUUGA